GCGCAGACCUGUUCUGUGUGAGGUCCCUUUAAAGGGGCGGAACCGCCGUUAGCUGCUCUGUAAACACUAUUAGCCGUUAGCUUCCGCAGCUAUCGGCAGGUUAACGGAGCUUUAACCGGGAGAACGGAGAGCGUGCAGGAUGGCCUCCUCUCUUCCUCUCUCCUCCCUGCGCCUCCUUGUUCCUCCUCUCCGCCUGCUGACAGCUGCAAUGUGGCAGGUUGCUCGCCAACAGAGCGUGAAGCAUUAUGGGAUGCUGGAGGAUUUUGUUUCCAUGGUUACUGAUGCCAUCCCCCAAUUUGUAACGGAGCGACAGAGGAAUCUGCUGCUGCUGGCUCUGAGGGCCAAGGUGACCCUGUCUGACCCCGACUCACCUGCCGUCCACAAACACCUGGACAGGAUCCGGUCUGUCUCCAGGGCAACGCAGCUGGACCAGGAGGUUGAUGAAUGUUGUUCUGCUCUGGAAACUCUCAGCAACAAACUGAAGCAGACUCCUGAUGACACUAAGUGCCUCCUACAGGAGGUCUUCAACCAGAACUUUGAUUUGGCCCUCCAGUCCUUCAUAUCAGACUUCCUGUCUAGGAUCGACCAGAUGUUCCCCGUCCCAGACUUCAAGCAGGCGGCCUCUUGGCUCAGCACUGCCCCUGGUGGCCUGGAUGACUGUCUGCAGGAGGCCGACAGAGAAGACCUGAGGGAGCUACUGACCAAUCAGAGCAGUCUAGCAGGACGAGCCCCCACCACAGUUGCCUGUGAUGCUGAGAAGACCCUCCUGUCCGCCUGGUCCCACCCCUUUUUCACCAGCCUGACCAAUCCUGAUCCUCCUACCGCUGACACUGUCACCCAAUCAGACCGCCCGGUUCAGCUGGAUGUGGAGCUGGUGAAGGUGGAGGUGGUGGUGAUGACAGAGGACGAGCAGGAGGAUGUACAGGAGGCUGUGAUUGGUCAGAACGAGUCACCAGGGAGCCCAGAGAUGACCAAUGAGAGCUCAGCAGCAGACAGUAACACAUGUCUAGUCGCACAUGUAGUACUGGAGGAAGACAGGUGAGAU